CCUUGCGGUGCCCCCGCGCGCAGGUGCAGCGUCGAAGGUGGAAGCUGAGGCUGAUCGAGGAGCUGGAGUCAAGAGUUACUGCUGAGCCCAUCCCGCUGCCAGCAGACCCGAUGGAACUGAGAAAUCUGGAGUACAGGCCAGUGAAGGUCAGAGGGCACUUUGACCACUCCAAGGAGCUGUACAUGAUGCCUCGGACCAUGGUGGACCCGGCCCGAGAGGCCCGGGAGGCCGGCCGUCUCUCUUCCUCACCUGAAAGUGGUGCCUAUGUGAUCACCCCCUUCCACUGCAGUGACCUGGGAAUCACCAUUCUGGUAAACAGAGGGUUUGUCCCCAAGAAGAAGGUGCAUCCUGAUACACGGCAGAAAGGCCAGAUCCAGGGAGAAGUAGACCUAGUCGGGAUGGUGAGGCUGACAGAGACCAGGAAGCCCUUCGUCCCAGAGAACAGUCCGGAGAGGAACCAGUGGCAUUACCGGGACCUGGAGGCCAUGGCCAGGCUCACGGGCGCAGACCCCAUCUUCAUUGAUGCGGACUUCCGGAGCACAGUCCCUGGGGGACCCGUUGGAGGGCAGACCCGAGUCACUCUGAGGAACGAGCACCUGCAGUACAUCAUCACCUGGUACGGACUCUGUGCGGCGACAGCCUACCUGUGGUUUAAGAAGUUCCUACGCCGGACUCCUGGUGUGUGAGCUCGGUUCGUGGGUGCCCGGGCUGCGAUCGUCCGCAGUCCCUCAUUUCCAAGCUUUGUUUUUAUUCGGGGUCAGGUACUCUUGGUGUAAAUAAACCUCUACGCUGGA